AUGUCUGACCCCAGCUCGUUCUGCUCCGCGGAGCAGUUCACCACCAGGCACCUGAACCUGCACCUGAGAGUGGACUUCUCUGCCCGAGUCAUCUCCGCCUCCACCGCCCUGACUGUGCGCUGCCUGCAGGACUCCCUCACCAGCCUGUUGCAGCUUUUUUGUUUCAGGUUAAAUGAAGGUCACACAGUCUAUCUGGAGAGGAGAAUUGAUGGACUUCUUUAUGGGGAGCAGUUCCGACAGUUCAAGGCUUUGGGGGGGUGGAAAGAGCUUCAGAAUUCAGUUAACACCUUUGGUGCCACUAAUCCUCUCACAAACUUGGUCACCAAUCUACAUGAAGUUGAUGUGGAUGCGGCUUUCUCCUCUGUCCCUUAUGAAAAAGGAUUUGCCCUUUUGUUCUACUUAGAGCAGCUUCUUGGAGGACCAGAUGUGUUUCUGGGGUUCUUGAAAGCGUACAUCCAGGUGUUUGCUUAUAAGACUGUAACCACUGAGGAGUGGAAAACGUUCCUCUAUUCAUACUUCUCAGACAAGGUGGAGAUUCUUGAUAAAGUUGACUGGAAUGGGUGGAUGCACACGCCUGGCAUGCCACCAGUGCAACCAAAGUAUGAUAUGACUCUUGCCAAUGCCUGCAUCAAACUUGCGGACAGAUGGAUUGAGGCUAAGGAGAGUGAUCUGAGUUCAUUCACUGCAGCAGACCUGAAAGAAUUAUCAUCUCAUCAGCAAAUUGAGUUUCUGACUAUCUUGCUUCUUAAGGAUCCAUUGCCUGUGUCUCAUGUGAAGCGUAUGCAAGAGGUGUACAACUUCAAUGCUGUCAAGAACUCUGAAAUUCUAUUUAGGUGGUUACGACUUUGUAUUCGUGCUAAGUGGGAAGAAGUUAUUCCUUUGGCCUUAAAAAUGGCAACAGAGCAGGGCCGGAUGAAAUUUACUCGUCCAAUGUAUCAGGACCUGUACAACUUUGAUAAAGCUCAGGAUCAAGCAGUAAGCACUUUCCUCAAGAAUAGAUCCUCCAUGCAUCCAGUGACUGAAAUGCUGGUGGCCAAAGACUUGCACGUGGAUGCUUAAUACAUUAACUCUCAAAUACAGUGUUGUGCAUUAAACAGUUUAUACAUUA